AUUUUGAGCGGAACAGUGGUGAAGGUGGCAGCCCGUACAGUGCCCGUGGCAGACAGCAUUUCCCCGCUCUCUACAUCUUACAUCUCGCAUAUCUGUUUGUCGGCUGACUUCAGAAGUUACCAUCUGCUUACGGGUAAUGCUUGUGACGUCUACCUAUUUUAUCUACCAAGACGCCGAUGUGGCAAGCGACCGUAUAGGGAACGUUAUGGACAUUUUGACCGUCGAGGCAAUGUAGUACCAUUGUUAUGAGAAUAAUGAACAGGCAAAGGUGCUUUUGAUGUGCACAAUUGGAACUGUUUGUUAAUGCCUGCUCGUGAUUUCUAAUGCAGUGAAUGUGUUCUGAAAGCGGUGAAGAUGAGCACGCCACGAUUUGCUCGUGGCAGCAAAAGCAGGUUGUUCCUGUACAUUGGCGCCAUCACUGUGGCUGGUGUAGUUGUUUAUUUCUUCCAUCGUGCUCAAGUGGAACUGUAUGACUACCAGAGAAAAUCAGAAAAAUGCAUUCAACAACAAGAGUCUUUGUCAGCUCAAUUCCAAGUUAUAAUAGAGUACAAAGUAAGACUGGAAAAGUCUCUUCAACAAGAAAAAUCAGAACAUCGACAGUUAAGAGAAGAGCUUCAAGGAAAAUUAGACGAAGAAAAACAAAUUCGAGAAAAAGAAAAUCUUGAAAAUAUUAACAAAUUUACAUCACUUCAACAGCAGUAUAAAAUAUUACAGAGCCAUCAUGAAGACCUGAGUGAGGAGUGUGGUCGCCUAAGAGUGACGCAACUCCAAGGUCUUGAUGCACGAUCCAAGCUGGAGUCUGCUCUUGAGGCCGCAAAACUGGAAGUGCAGAAUGUGCAGCGAGCCAAGGAAAAAGAGAUGUCAAACUUGAAGAACCAAUAUCUUCAAAUGGAGGUAGAAAAUGAAAAGUUGCAAAAACAGAAUAAGGAGUUGACUGAGAAUGGAAAGGAGUAUAAUAGCAACUUGAAUCACCUGCAGAAGGAAGUCUUUCAACUCAAUCAGGCUCUCCUGGGUUUGCAGGGUGAACUGAGUCGUUGUGAAGCUCAUAGCAGCAACCCUGUUCAGAUGGUGGGUCCUGCUAGAAUGGCAGUGGGGAUGGGGGUGGGCAGUGCCCCCAAAGCCUCAUCUGUACCGAAGCCUUCCUCGUCUCCUGUGGCUGUAGCUCCUGACCUCCGUGCUCAUGUAUCUUCACAGAAGUCAACAACGCCUCAAAUAAAUCCAGAUGCUGUGCUGAGUCGAGAGAAAGCUGUGAAUGCUGUGCCAAUGGCAGCGGCACCUCCUGUUGGAAAGGAGCCUACUCCCAGCGGUGCGGCAGGCAGUAGCCGCAAAGAGGUGGCUCCGGCGGGGGCGGGACCCGCUCCACCUGUGGCGGCCGCGGGAGACGGCGGCGGAGCCGGAGAUGGGGCCGGGGCCGGGGCCGGAGGCGGCGGCGGCGGCGGCGGCAACGACGACGACGGCGGCGCGGGACGGGCGGCGGAGCGGCCGUGGGGGAGAGCGACCGUGGGGAGGCGGGAGCGGCGGCGGGCGGCGGCGGCAGCGGCAAGGGCCGGGGGGCUCAAGCCCCAACUGGGAGCCCAACGAGAUCCCCAACCAGCGGCCUUCGACUGCGCCGGCGGGCCCUGGCGGCUUCGUGCGCGCGCCCGCUCGGGCCCGGGGCAGGGCGGGCGGGGGCGCGGACCCGCAAGGUCCGCGGGCCGGGCGUGGGCGUGGGCCGCGCCGCCGGCGCCCGGGGCGGCCGCUGCCGCUCACCCCGGCCCGCCGCACCCGCCCCUCCACAUGGCGCACGUGCCCGCCGGCGUGGUGCCCGCGCCCCGCGGCUACGGCCUCGACCGCGACCCGCGCGAGGAGGGUGCAGUACACGUUUCCAAUCAAGAUGCCCCGGACCCAUGGCACUGGCGCCGCAGCAAAGCCUGGGCUGCUCCAGCAAUAGGAGCUAUGGGAGAAGCACCUCAUCGACGACAGUUGGCAGAGCCCAGACAUGUGGCAGCCCAUGGAAUACCAGGCAACGUGCUUGGUGCUGAAGGAGUUGAUGAGGCAGAGGAAAGGGAGAAGGAAAUUCCUCGGCAACUGCACAAUCAAUAUGGAGAAUAUAAUGGGGACAAUGGGGAGUAUGAGAAAGAACGCCACGGAGAUCUUCAACUGGAAGAAGGUGAGGAAGAAGAAGAUGAUGAUGUGGACCAAAUUGACUAUGCCAAUGACAAUGCAAAUGGGGCUGAUGCGAGACAGAAGCGCCUAAACCUUAAAGAAUCUGUUCCAAAUGUGAAGAAACAUGACAGUGUGAUGGUGAACCCUAAGUGAAAUAUUUCUCUUGAGUAAAAUUUGAGGACUAUGGACCUAGUGUCUACAGAGAAGGAAUAUUGUUUUGUGUUUGUGUGUCUGGGAUACUUCAAGUCUGAAUUGUUGAUGGUUGUGUGAUUGGCUAUUGCUGUGUGAUUUGUGGCUGGAGAAGAACUUGGCUCUAGUGACUUGUACAACUAAAAGUGAACAGUAGGCAACACCACACUAUGAGCUGAGAGCUCAGUCUGUUCUUGGAUGACUUCCUGCCAAGACCUGCUGCAUGCUCAAAAUAUUUAUAUAUAAUUAAAUUCUUUGAUAGAAUUGUCCUGUUAAAUGGGGGGUGGCAAGCAUUGCACUAACAAUAAUUAUUACAGACAUUAAAUUUCCCAUUGGCAUUCAGCCCAAUAAUUGACAUUAAUUGACUUUGGUGAAUACUACUGUGGACUUUGAAGCUUCAUUACAAAACUGGUAAACUGCAUCUCAUUACAGUUUAAAUGCCAGAUUAAAAAAUGUUUAUCAAGUACAUUGUCUUCAGAUAUUAUUUACCUGCCUAAUUUUCAUUCUUAAGGUUUCUUUUUUGUAUAACCUUGCCCUUUCCUCAUCUGUUUUAUAUCAUAUUUCAGUAAAGUCUCUAUUCAGUUUUAUGAACAUUGUUCACUAUUGCUAAAAUUUACCCAUAAAGAAGGCCAGAUUCAUGUUGAACAUGAGAAGAGUAAAGUUAGUAUUGUAUUUGUAUAUUGUUCUUCUUGUUAAGAGUACUAGCAUCUCAUUAUUCCAUUAUCUGAUAAUGCAACAUUUUUUUUACUUUAAACAUAAUUAAAAAAAUCAGACUGAGCCAUAAAAUUAAUUAUUGUUGGUGAAUUCUUUUUAACUUGUAUACAUAGUUUGAGAAAGGUAUGUAAUGAUGCAAACAAUCAAUGUCAAGAUUUUUAUGAAAAUACAUUUUUAGGAGGGAUCUCUGAUAUUGAAAGAGUAGUUUUUUCAAAACAUCUGUAUGCAUGGGAACAUCACCUAAACAGUUAGCACAAAUUUCAUCAAAUUGAUAUUCUCUCAUCAAUCUGGCUGAUAUCACGGUCCCUGGAAUUUGAUGCGGACAUUUUAAUUUUUGGGAGUACAUUACAUGAAGUUCCAAUGACAUUAUCAAAUUUUUUUAUAUUGUUCAAAUUAUUUCAUGGUAGCAUUUUUUUAAAUAUUAGUUUUUGCAUGAUUUUGAGUUAUACGGUGACAAUGUUCAAUUUUUUCAAACCUGUGCCAUAACUUUAAUACUGUAGUUGGAAAUUUAUUUCUUAAUGUAAUUUAUUUUCCAUUAACAAACCUUUAAUUAAUUUCAUAUAAACUUUUUUCAAAAUAUUGGUGAGUUGUGCGUAAUUUUGCAUUAUAUCAUUUCAAUUUAUCAAGUGAUGGGUAGAGUGUUAGUUUGAUAGAUCAGGCAAUAUAACAACACCCAAUUAUUACCAAUAAAAUGAGAAAGAUUUUUUUAUUGAAGAACCAUUAUUUUUAGUUUUCUUGAAAGUGUUAUCGCAAAUACUGUAGCAUUUAUUCAUGAUCAAAUGAUAAUCAACAUAAUAAAUACCGGUACAUCUCAUCCAAGUGUAAGAAUUGAAGCUCCAAAACUAAUUUGCAUCAUUAAUUAUUUCAUCUAUUUGUUGAUAUUUAUUACAAAUUAUCCUUGAAAUGUAGCAUUCAUGAGUUUUUUCUAAUAAUUUUAUUUUGAAUUCUAAAGAAGAUAAAUUUUAUUUUAUUUUCUCUGACUUGAUUUUCAGUCAGUAAAAAAAAUAAAUGAAAAGGCUGGACUUGAAUGCAUAAAAUAUAAGCAUUUGCAGUUCAUUUAGAUAGGACUUUUUUAACAAAAGGAUUGUGGUCACUGAAGGUGUAUUAUAAAUAUUUUUUGGAGUAGUGAAAUAUUGAAAAUUAUUUUCAAUCCAAAGCCCACAAAAGAUAUAAAAUGUAUAAAGCAAACAAUGUACAUAGCUACUAUUAUAUCUUAUACAUAAAUAUUAAAGCAUAAGAAACUAGUUUGCAUAAAAAAUUUUAAAAAAAUUAGCACUGAAACUAAUGAUUACAUUUGGUCUUUAAAAGAUGAAAUGCAAAUUUUAAGGUUUUAUUUAAGAUUUUUCUUUAACUUUUAAUGUAAUUUAAAAUGUACAAAAAUGUAUGGUAUACAAAGGGGUUGCAAAAACAGAAAAUUCAGACAGCUGAAAUUCGAAACAACUUUAAGAAUUAAUGGCCUUUACAUGUUAUGUAAAAUAAUAGUUUUUAUUUGCUCUGCUAAACUGUAUUUUAUAAUAAAAUCUUAGCACAUUUUCAACAUUCAUUCAUUUUGAUGUCACUUUAAAAAUUAUAAGUAUCCUUUUGUAAUGUCACAUGAAGAGCUAUUAGGUUUUUUAACAUCAGAAAUUUGGGAUGUAUAUUUUUAAAUUGCCCGAAAGUACUGCGUUUACUUUUGUUGCUUACUAAAUAAAAUAACUGAAGCACUUUGUUAAUUUGGUUGAAUAUACAGCAAAGCAUUAUAGUUCACAAACCCACAAUAACAUCUCUCAACUUUUUCAGUUUUGAUCAAUUAUCCGAAAACAUUUUCCUUUAUGUGCUGAUUAUUUUACUAUCAAUGCUUCUGGCAAAUACCAACUAAAAAUUUGCAUUUCUUUAUAACUCCAUUUCAAAAAUACAAAUUAUAUAGUAUAAAUGGUGUGUUUUUUUCUUAAAAAAGAAUAUCAUGGAUCAUUAUUCAUUUAAUUAUUAACAUGAAAAGAAAAGAAUUAUCAUUGUAUUAAUAAUUGAGGCAAGUGUGCUCUUAAACAUAUAUAUCCAGUACUUUAUUAUAUGAUGGAUAGAAUCACUAACUAUUCUACAUUCUAGUGUGAUUCUAUUUUGCAAAAAAUUUAUUUAGUAUUGUAUAUGAAACUGAUUUAGAAUAAGACCCAAAUAGUGAAUUGAGUAGAUUUUAUUAGUGUAAGUAUAAGUUUCUGAAACAAUUUUCUGAAAAAGCACUAUUAAAAGAAUGAUUUAUAGCAAAUUAGUUUUCUGAGAUGUAUAUUUUCUACUGUAUAUUUUUAAUUUUGUAUUGCACAAAGUAUUUCUGUUUUUCAUAUUUUGUAAAAUGAGAAUAUUCACAAAUAACUUAUGAACUGUUGGCCUGAAAGUAAAUUCUUGAUACGAGUCUUUCAUCAAUAUCCUGAGGCUUUUCUGGAAUAAACUUCUCAGAAUUAAGACUCGGGUUAGAUGCUGCACAACUGCCUUUCUGUUUGUUUGUGUGCUAGGCAGAGCACCAAUGAAGUUUUUGAGAAGUUCGUUUAAAAGUCCCAAAAUCCCUUAAAAAUGAAUGUGCAAUAUUUUUAGUUUUAUGUUGGUUCUGAUUGAUAAGCCUCAUUUACCAGUAUGUUCCAGCUCAAAUGUAAAAGAAUAAUUUCCAUUAAUUUUGUCUUAUUAUUAUUAUUGAUUUCAGUUCUACACGUUUGUGACAAUUAUUAAAAGUUUUGUAGCAAAGUUUGUUUUUCAUUUGCAUCAUCGGGAAAGGUAUAUAGAUAAAUAAGAGGCAAUAUUUGAAAAAAUCUAAACAUAUGUGAUAAAACAAUGUUUAACAUUUUCUUAUUUGAACAGUAAAAAGAAGUUUAAAAAAUCUGUAUUUUAAUAGAAUGAAUUGUUUUUGAAUAAUGGAUGCUAUUUAAUUCUCUUGUAAUGCUGCAAAUUUAGGAUUAUAUUACCUAUAAACUUGCUUUCAUCCAAUUUUCAUGUUAAGGUGUAUUGAUAUAUUGUAUAUUUAACAUGUAAGAAUUUGAAUUCUUUAUGGCAAGAUUUCUUUUUGCCAUCUGACAUUCAUCUAUGUAAGGAAAGAGCAUUAAUGGUGAUAUUGUUGUAAUGAAACAUUUCAAUCUUAAGGGAAUAAUAGAACCUGAAUUCUUUUUAAUUUUUAACCAUUUUUGAGCUAUUUGAAAUCCUAUGAAACAAAACCUAUGAUUUUAAGCCAGACUGGCAGCAAGAAGACAACAAAAUGUGUAAUAUUGUUUGGUAUUUAUUUAAUCAGAGAUUGACUGCUCUUAAAAGCUUCCUUUUAUUCAAAAUUAUUAGAUCAUCAAAUCUCUCACUUUGCCUCCAAAAUUGUGAGAUAAUUUUUUAACAUCUAUUUUUUAUAAAAAAUAGAGUGUUUGAAUUAUCAGUAAUAGGUAUGUGGCCAAUACUGAUUGACUGAAGCAGAUAAAUUAUGUGAGUGUUAAGAAUGAAAUGUUAAAUAUGGAUGUAAUGUAGAUUUUAAUCACCUUGAUUUUUUUAACUCUGAUAUUAACACAACUUUUGUCAGGACAUAAUUUGUACUGUGAGCAUAUGUUUAAUGUUCUUCCAUUUCAAAUAUUUAAUAUUAUCAUCAUCUAUGAUUUUAAUUAAUGUUGAAAGAAAAUUGUGAUUAUACUUCUGAAGUGAAAAUGUUGAUAAUUAUUGUGCUGAUAAUUUACCAUAUUACAUGUUUGCAGUAUUUUUCAUGUUUCCUACCAGAUUGAACACAUAUUCAUUGAAUUUUAUUUUUAGAAAUAAUUUGAAGUAAUUUGAAUAUCUUCCUUCAAGUUAUGUAUACCUGUUGUCUCGCACAAAAUUCCUUCUGUGCUUAAUCAUUUGUAAAUAUGGACAGCUUAAUGUGCCGCACAAGUUAGAGCAUUAAAAGUCUGGAGUGAAUUGAAUGAGUCUGCUUUUGGGAAAUUGUAAUAAGGAAAAGGUGAUAAUGUAGAGCUUCUACAACCAGCCACAAGUCAACUCUUCCAUGUAUGGGUGUUAUAAAUUUCCUUAAUUUUAUUUUUUGUCCUCAUCAUUUGGUGAGCCUGUGUUUAAGGGGCCAUAUAAUGUGCUGUGAUCCCUGAAUGUUAGGGAUGCAGCAUACUUGUAUACUUAGGUGUCCUACUUUUAUGCUGAAAAGGCUGUUAGUGAGAAAAUAUUUAAUUCACACUGGCAUUAAUAGGUUGUGAUUUUUAUCAAAUGUGUACUCCACCACAGUCAUAAGGUCUUAUAACCCUUAUAUAUACUAACAGGUGGAGUAAUGUAAAAAUGUGAUGUACGGUUUCAAGUGUUAGUUUUCACUUGUAAGAAAUCAGAAAAUUGCCUUUGAAUACACCUAUUUGUUAUUGUUAGACUUUUAAUGUGGUGUAAGUGAAUGGGAUAAUGCUGAAGAGAAAAUCUUAGCAAUGAAAUGAAAUAAUAUUGCUACUAAAAAUUGUCUUCUCAUUUCUGUAAUAAAUCUUUUACCUUUGGUCGACUAAGAGUUUUUGUAUAUUUUUAGGCAUUAUCGUAUAAUAAUGACGUUAUUACAGUUGUAAAUUACAGACAUAUCUCAGGGAGUCAUGGUAGGUCAAUAAUAAGUCAUAACUGAUGCUUUUAAUGCAUGGAAGAUAAGGGAGAUAAAAAUUAGUAAAAUUUGUUUCCUUAUCAUUAGCAAGUAAACAUAAAUAAAUCACACAUAAAACUAUUUUUCAUUUCAAAGCAAAGUUUUAUCAAGGGCUUAGUACUAUUCUGCUUUUUUAAAUUUU